UCACAUUUAAAGCAGGAUUAGCGUUUACAUCGCGUUGCAUUCUCAAAUUAUCGUGUGUGGGUUUUUUUCUUGUAUCUGUGACUACUUGUAAAGCUACAGUUUCGGACAUAUUUGGACUCAUGUCUCGACUCGUGAAGAAAUCUCCCUCUGUUUGUACGGAUCUUCCUCUGAACACCACUGAUUUGUGUAGCAAGCUCCAGCUGAUGAAGGAGCUGCUGAGAUCUUCUUACGGUCCGACAGGCAGGCUGAAGCAGGUUCAUAACAACAUCGGAGGCUCCGUAGUAACUUCAUCUGCUUCCUCUGUUCUCCUUCAAGCCAUUUCUUCAUCCCAGCCAAUUAUCAACCUGAUAAAAACCUCCAUCCUGGGCCACAUCCACCGCUUCAGUGACUGUGGUUUGUUUGCUGCUGUUUUCUGCCUGUCCCUCAUUGAAGAGGCAAAGCAGGGCGGCCUUAGGGAAAACGUGGUGAUCAGAGUGAACAACCAUCUUCUGACUCUCUGCACUGAUUACCUGCAACAAGAGGACUGUAGUUGUAAAGUCAGGCUGGACUUCUGCAGCAGCCAGAGCCUGAUCACUUUAGCUCGUAGUGUUCUCUCCAGCAAACCGACAUGUGUGCUAACAGAGCCAGAAUUAGCUCACAUCAGCAGGCUGGCUGUACAAGCCUUCCUGCUGACAGUCCCCUGCAACAUCCCAGAGACAGUCACGCUUGGCAGGACAGUCACUGUCCCCCUGGAGGGACACUCUGUGCUAGAAUCAGCCGUGUUUCCAGGCCUUCUGUUGGACAUGCCUGAAAACCUUGGCCCUGUCCAUCUAUGUAGUCCACUAUGCAUGGUUCUGUUCAGUGCAUCUCUGGCUGGAGAUCUCAGUGAGCUUGGAGAUGGUAAAAUUGAGAUGCAUUCAGGGGUGGACACUGAUUCACAGAUCCUGGAUCAGCUUUUGCAGCUUGGAAAGCAGGUCCUCAAUGAUGAGGUGAAGUUAUUUGUGUGCCAGAAAGUCAUCCACCCAGUCUUGCAGCACUACUUGAGAUGUAACGGUUUAAUAGUGAUAGAGAGGCUUGGAGUCAGCCUUAUGGAGCCGCUUAUUCAGCUGACUGGUGCUCAACCUGUGGCAACUCUGCACACCAACAUCCCAUCCACGGCAUACGGGAGGGUCCAUAAAGUCGGCAUUAAGCAGUUUGGAUCAAAGAAAAUGGUUCAUUUACAGCCUGCUGGGGAGACAGCCGUCUGUUCCAUGAUUCUUUGCCACAGGAAUGAAACAAUGUUAAAUGAACUAAAGCUGGUCUGCCAGAAAACAGAGCAUGUGUUGAGGCUCACCCUAAGGGAGCCAUGUGCUUUACUCGGAGGUGGCUGCACAGAAACCCACUUAGCUGCCUAUAUCAGACACAAGAGCAAUAAUGAAAUAUCGAAGUCUUCGUCUGUUUUGGGCUGCUCACAAACGGAGUACCGUCUUGUUGCCGAGGCUUUCUGCCGCUCUCUGGAGUUGGUGGCCAUGGCUUUGGAGCACGACGGCGGAUCUUCUCUGAUCGACCUGACUCAUGCGCACCACUGGAUUCUCCCUUCAGAUGCUACAGAAGAACAACCGAAGGGAGUUAUGGGACUCUGUGGCUGUGGAGCGGUAGAAAGCUGCCAGAACAAAAAGUGGAGCUACCUGAGCACUAAAUAUGCAGAGUUCUCCCCUGCACCCCUACAAACAGCUUCUCCUCUGCAGCCAACAGUACUCGACUCCUUCACAGCUAAAAUGAAUGCUUUCAGAGUUGCUGUGGAAACUGCUAAUCUUGUGCUGGAUGUGAGAUAUGUCAUCCAAGAUUUCAACUAAUAAAAUAUAUAGUUUUUAAUAUAGGGAAAUAACAUAAGACACUUCUUUUUUUUUUUGUAUGCAUAGAUUUUUUAUUAAUCACCAUCAUGCAUUGAUCAUGUUCCUUGGUAGGAUGAAGGGAAAUAAAUCCAUGCCAAUCCUGAAAAAAAUGUUACAGAAUAAAAUAAAUCCAUCAUCUGAGGUAAAAUGUAGAAACUGCUGUUUACAGACAUUCUCCACCAAAUAUGAC